AUGUAUGUGAUGGACACCACUGUGCCGGAAGACACGGCAAAUUCGACCCACACGCUGCCAACGUACGAUGUCUCUGCCCUUGAGAACUGCACAGAUAAUGUCCACGAACUCAGAAAAACCUACCUGCCCGCUGUGUACAGCACGAUCUUUCUCGUGGGCUUCCUAGGCAAUGUGGUGGCCAUCUGCGUGUACAUUUUCAAGAUGAGGCCCUGGAGGAGCAGCACCAUUAUCAUGUUCAACUUGGCCUGCACCGACUUGCUGUACCUGUCCAGCCUUCCUUUCCUGAUACACUACUACGCCAACGGGGAGCACUGGAUCUUCGGGGACUUCCUAUGCAAGUUCAUCCGCUUUGGGUUCCACUUCAACCUGUACAGCAGCAUCUUCUUUCUGACCUGCUUCAGCAUCUUCAGGUACUUUGCCAUCGUCCACCCAAUAAGGUCUUUCUGUGUUCGGAAAAAGUCCUGGGCAGUCAUAGCCUGCACUGUGUCUUGGAUACUUUCACUGGUGGCCGUGAGUCCGGUCAACCUUCUAAUUACCUCCAAAAUGCAGGAGAACCGAUCUGUUUGCCUUGACCUGAGUAGCUCUGACAAUGUGGACAUCAUUAGGUUGUACGCCUGGAUUUUAAGUGCCUUGGCUUUCUACUUGCCCUUAUUAACGGUGACACUCUGCUAUGCUGUGAUCAUCUAUACCUUGGCCACAGGGCCCCACACUCAGAGUCCGUAUAAGCGGAAGGCCCGCAAACUCGCCUUCCUCCUCCUGGUCGUCUUUUACUUGUGCUUCCUGCCCUUCCAUGUUUUUAGGGUGGUUCGCCUCGAAUUAAGGCUGUACCAGCUCAGCUGCACCGUGGAGAACCACAUCCACGCUGCCUAUGUCAUCUCCAGACCUCUCGCCGCAGCGAAUACAUGUUGCAACUUGUUACUGUAUGCCCUGAUCAGUGAUAAUUUCCAGCAAGCCAUCCAGUCCCUGCUGAGAUGCAAGCUCCAUCACUUAAUACAGCAAGCAGCGAGCAGUGGUGACUUCAACAAGUCCGGAAUAAUACAGCUGUGA